GCGAAUAAGUGAACAACUCCCAGCAGUUCUACUGCGCCGGUGACAUGCACUAGUUGCCAUCAGCUGUACUCAACAGCACGUUCUCUUCACACGUGAUCGAGUGUUAUCGAAUGUGUACAUCAUUAUCGAACACAUUACGUUUAUAGUUAUUUCAUUGACUGGUGAAUAAUGACUUUUCAUUCAACUUGUCUCGCACGCGUUGCCGGCAGUCUUUCGAUACUUGUUUUUCUUAUCGUAAAUGUUGCGGGAAUAAAACUUAUCGAAACAUCAAUUUACUAUGGGAUGGAUUACAAGAUAAAAAUUGUUGCAAAUGAUAAAUUGGAAUAUUCUGGCGACAGAUCGUAUAAUCCGGACGUGGACUUGUCGACGCCGGAAAUGAUACGUCGAGCGGGAUAUCCUGCGGAGGCCCAUACGGUCGAAACAGAGGAUGGAUAUCUCCUGACUAUCCACAGGAUUCCUAAUAAAACAGGAUACCCAAUAUUCCUGCAGCACGGUCUCAUGAGCAGUUCCGCCGAUUGGGUGAUCUUGGGGAAAGGCCGAGCUCUCCCAUAUUUCUUGGCGGACCUGGGGUACGAUGUGUGGCUCGGAAAUUACAGGGGCAAUACAUACUCCUCCGGGCAUGUCCGAUUGUCCACGAGUUCCCCGGAAUAUUGGGACUACUCCUGGCACGAAAUGGGAAUUCAUGAUUUACCAGCAAUGAUAAAUUACGUUACUAAUUACAAAAACGAGCAAGUGAUUUACAUUGGCCACUCGAUGGGAACAACCGGGAGUUUUGUUAUGGCAGCCGAACGGCCCGAAAUGCAUAAAAAAAUUCGGCUGAUGAUGAGCUUUGCACCAGUGGCCCACAUGACUCACAUAAAAAGUCCCAUUCGUAUUUUCGCGCCUUAUGCACAUCAAAUAGAACUCAUCGAAAAGUUCUUCAGUCUCAACAAAUUUCUCCCUCGAGACUGGAUAAUGAAGCUCAUUGCGAAAUACGGCUGUGCCCUGACUACGAAAGAGGAGAAAGUAUGCGAAAAUGCGAUGUUUGCGAUAAGUGGAUUCGAUGCAGCGCAGUUUGACUUGAGUCUUCUUCCGGUUAUUACGAGUCACGACCCAGCAGGUGCAUCGACGAAGACGGUGGUUCAUUAUCUUCAGGAAGUGACCUCUGGAAGAUUCGGCCAAUACGAUUAUGGAUCACCAAAGAAUAUCGAGAAGUACAACUCAAGCACUCCACCUGAUUAUGAUGUGUCAAAGAUGACUAUUCCGAUCGCGUUUUUCUACGGUCUCAAUGAUUGGCUAGCAGCUGUCCAGGACGUGGAAGAAUUCUACAAGAGUUUACCUAAUGUCAUUAAGAUCGUACGAGUUAAUUACACGAUGUUCAAUCACUUGGACUUCUUAUGGGCAACGGAGGCUACGCAAUUAUUGUACAAUCAAGUACUUGAUCUCAUUCAUGAAACCCUUAGAGGAUGAAAUAUUCUUCGACAUUUUGUAAUGCCUAUUGAUAUAUUAGACUGACAAGUCUUUUUUUAAUGUUA